AUGAGCAACGUCAAUGAUUCUGCAGGAGGGAAUCCUGUCCGGGGAGUCGACUCGCGAACACCUUUGCUGGGAUCGUAUGACCGACGCGAGCCUCCAUGCGGCAUGGGAGAUGCCUGCGACCAUGGCACCUUCACUCCGCGAGUGGAGAUUGAUGAACCUGCAUGGCGUACGGCUGAUUUCGCUGGUGAACGGUCUCGCAUCGGACAUCUCAGUCGGCAGUCUACCGGUGCGGCACCGAGCAUACAUGGACCAGAAAACCUACCUCGGACAGGGACUUCGACCCCGCUUCCAGUAAUACAUAGUAAAUCGCUGUAUAUAUCAUAUUACAUCCCGUUCUUCAAUUGGAUUUCCCAGUACAAGUGGUCCUACCUCCGAGGGGACCUUAGCGCCGCCUUGACAGUCGCCUCGAUCUACAUUCCCAUGGGUCUUUCUUUGUCCAAUAUCGCCCAUGCGCCACCGAUCAACGGCCUCUACUCUUUCGUUCUUCAACCAUUCAUAUACGCGAUAUUAGGAAGCUCCCCGUUGUUGAUUCUUGGACCGGAAGCAGCUGGGUCGUUGUUGACCGGAACAAUCGUGAAGGAAGCUGUUAAACCAGGGCCAUCUGGGGAGGAAGAUGAGGCUGCAAAUGCUAUAGUUGUGGGUGUAGCUACUGCACUGGCAGGUGCUAUGAUCUUGAUUGCUGGAAUAUUUCGACUUGGGUUUCUAGACAACGUUCUAAGCCGGCCUUUCCUCCGAGGCUUCAUUACCGCCAUUGGAUUUGUUAUAUUCGUGGACCAAUUUAUUCCCGAGCUUGGGCUAGCGACGGAAGCGAAGAAGGCUGGCAUAACACAUGGCAGCACGGUGGAUAAGCUUUUAUUCAUCAUCAGGAAUAUCAAAUACUCGCAUAGCUUAACAGCUGGUGUUGCAUUUACGAGCUUUGCUAUCAUUAUGCUAUUCCGCACUGUUAAGAGGCUUCUCCAGCCGCGGUAUCCGCAGGUAAUUUAUUUCCCAGAUCGUAUACUUGUUGUCGUUUUCUCGGCAAUUUUAACACAACAACUCGGGUGGCAUGAGAAAGGACUUGAGGUCUUGGGUCCUACUAAGAACUCCGGCAACGGUGUUUUCAAUUUCGAGUGGCCUUUUCAGCCCAAACAUUCAGAGCAGAUACGCGCUGCAUUGAGUACUGCGUUUAUCAUCGCGCUUCUUGGCUUCUUUGAGUCGUCUGUCGCCGCCAAAGGUCUCACAGGAGUCCCAAAUAAGGGUGUAAAAGGAAUACAGGUUAGCCCUAAUAGAGAGAUGGUUGCUUUAGGUUUCGCCAAUGUCGUAGGCGGAUGCUUCAUGUCUCUUCCUGCAUUUGGUGGAUAUGCAAGAAGCAAAGUCAACGCCUCGACAGGUGCGCACUCACCAAUGAGCAACAUAUUCAUUAGCAUCAUAACCGUGACAUGUAUCAUGGUCCUUCUGCCCUAUCUUUACUAUCUACCGAAAGCCGUGCUUUCUUCCAUGAUAUCCGUUGUCGCCUUUUCUCUAAUCGAGGAGUGCCCUCACGAUGUGGCAUUCUUUAUCCAUCUACGAGGUUGGACAGAGUUGGCGCUCAUGCUUCUCAUCUUCGUGUCGACGAUCUUUUACUCGCUCGAGUUAGGAAUGGCGUUAGGAAUGGGGUUAUCCGUGCUAAUUCUUAUCCGUCACUCUACACAACCUCGCAUUCAGAUUCUCGGCAAAGUGGCAGGCAGUGAUCGGUUCGACAACGCCGAACUCCGCCCGGAAACUGUCGAGGCAGUUGAAGGUUCUCUAAUCGUCAAAAUUCCAGAACCCCUGACAUUCGCAAAUACCGGUGACCUCAAGAACCGACUACGUCGACUGGAAAUGUACGGCACAAGCCGUGCUCACCCGUCAAUGCCGCGGAUUCGUCCUCCGGAGCACAACCAAAACAUCAUCUUCGACGUCCACGGUGUCACUAGCAUUGAUGGCUCAGGAACACAGGUUUUGUCUGAAAUUGUGGAUGGUUAUGCGGAUAAUGGCGCAAGAGUGUUCUUCUGCCGCGUUCCAAAUCGCGGGGUCUUCCGCAUGUUUGAACGCAGUGGCAUCGUUGCGCGAUGUGGAGGCUCAUCCCGUUUCGUCGCGCACGUCGACGAAGCGCUUAAGCUGGUUGAUUCCGAAACUCGAACUCUCAGUGCUUCCAGUGUUUGA